AUGGCACAAUAUAGAGUUGAUGCAGAGUAUGUUAAGGAAAUCUACAAGACUCGUAGCGAUCUUCGUUCUCUUAUUACCAACAAAAAAUGUGCUCCUCUCAUGCUUCGAUUAGCAUGGCACGAUGCUGGUACCUACGAUGCAAAAACAAGAACAGGAGGUCCAAAUGGUUCUAUCAGAAAUCAACAAGAGCUCAAUCAUGCUGCUAACAAAGGCUUGAAAAUCGCCGUUGAAUUAUGUGAGGAAGUGAAAGCUAAACACCCUAAAAUUUCAUAUGCGGACCUUUACCAGCUAGCUGGUGUUGUAGCGGUAGAGGUCACCGGUGGUCCAGCUAUCCACUUUGUUCCUGGUAGAAAGGAUUCUUUGGAAUCUCCGGAAGAAGGUCGUCUUCCAGAUGCUAAACAAGGUGCAUCGCAUUUAAGAGAGGUCUUUUAUCGCAUGGGUCUUAAUGAUGGAGACAUAGUAGCUCUCUCUGGAGGCCACACUUUGGGUAAGGCACAUAAGGAUCGAUCUGACUUUGAAGGUCAAUGGACAAGAGACCCUCUCAAAUUUGAUAACUCUUAUUUUGUGGAAUUAUUGAACUCGGAAUCAAAAGACUUGUUGAAGCUUCCCACUGAUAAGGUUCUAGUUGAAGAUCCAAAGUUUCGUAAAUAUGUUGAACUCUAUGCUAAGGAUGAGAAAGCUUUUUUCAAAGAUUAUGCAAAGUCACACAAGAAACUCUCUGAAUUAGGCUUCAAUCCCAAUUGCAAUUAUCGUUCCAAAUUGGCCAAGGCAGUUUUAGGAGUGGUUAUUGCAUCAACUGUUGUGGUUCUGGGUUACUUGCUUGAACUCAACAAAAAAAUCAACUGA